CAGGUCGAGUGCUGUAGUUCAUCUCUAGCGGAGCGCACGAGCACAGCGGACGCGCACAGCGCAACAGGUAUAGGAUUGGAGUGCCGUGAGUGAUUGGUGACCCUGAACCUGAUAACGAAGAGUAAACAUGCCGAGGUCGUUUUUGGUGAAGAGCAAACGGGCGCACAGUUAUCACCAACCCCGUUAUCUGGACGACAACUACAUCCAAAUUGAGAAACUUUAUACAUGCCAAGAAAGUCAAAUGGUACAGGGCUCUGAGAACACAGUGGAUGCGGGCGAGGAUCCGGGUAACCAUUCCCCAAAAGCCAGCAUGGUGUGCACGGCGGAUCAAUCCUCUCAACAAUCUCCACUGAGCUGCGAGGGCAGUGUGUGUGACCGCUCAUCGGACUAUGAGGACUUUUGGAGACCUCGGUCAUCGAGAGAGUCUACAGAUAUGGAUAAAUGCCCCGUGUCAUCUCCGGACGACUCUCAGCCUUUCGACAUGUCUUUCCGCCCUUAUGUUUGGGCCCAUUCAACAUCCGAGCUCAGGCACCUCAUUCAGUCUUGCAGUCGUGUUCCUGUCCCUGAUUCAGAGACAUCAAUUGGGUUGUUUGAUGCCAUGGAAAGAAGGCCAGGUUCUCAUCUCCUCAUUGAACCAACCCAACCCAGCCGAUUUUAUCAGGACUAUGGCUCUCUGAACACUAACCUGAUGGAUAGCAGCUUUUACGCAGAUUUCAAGAUGUCAAAUAAAGGAUCAGAGAUUGAUUCCGAUUCGAAUAUACUGUGCAGCCGACUUCAACUAAACGCAUCGUACAAAUGCGUAAAAUGCACUAAGGUGUUUUCGACUCCACAUGGGCUGGAGGUUCACGUGCGACGAUCACACAGCGGCACGAGGCCUUUCGCAUGUGAAAUCUGCGGCAAAACGUUCGGCCACGCGGUCAGCCUGGAGCAACAUAAAGCUGUCCAUUCACAAGAGAGAGUCUUCAGCUGCAAAAUUUGUGACAAAAGCUUCAAGAGGUCUUCCACUUUGUCCACGCACCUUCUCAUCCACUCGGACACGAGACCAUACCCCUGUCAGUACUGCGGCAAACGAUUUCACCAGAAAUCAGAUAUGAAGAAACACACGUUCAUUCACACAGGUGAAAAGCCGCACAAGUGUCAAGUGUGUGGCAAGGCCUUCAGUCAGAGUUCAAACCUCAUCACACACAGCAGAAAGCACACGGGAUUUAAGCCGUUUGGAUGUGAUCUGUGUAGCAAAGGCUUUCAGCGUAAAGUAGAUCUGAGGAGACAUAAAGAAACGCAGCAUGGUCUCAAAUAAGACCGUACAGACAAUAAAAUAAGUAUUUUUAUUUGUUUUGACACUAUAGGUUGUAAAAUUAGACGGGUUAUGUUGUGUAUGUGUGUGUGUGUGUUUUUUUAUCUGUUUAAUUGCCUAAUUAAUUUAUUUGACGCAUUUUAUAACAAGAUGUGAUUUUUUCUGCAAAAGAUAAAUAAACUGAUGCACAAAUGAU